AUGACCGAGAAAUGCUACACAGCACCCGGAAACAAAAUGGAUAUACCAACAAAAACUCACCUUUAUUCAGGGGAUGGAAAAGUUUUCCCUAGCCAAAUUAAAAGUAAGUAUACUGCUGACGAGGUAUUCGUAGAUAAACGUCGAAGAAUUGGGAACAUGAAAAUGCCAGCGAAUGCUGGGACAAGAACACUAACCAGGCAAGCAUUUUCAGUAGUUAAUGGGGGUCAAGGUGUGUCCCAGACUUCUGGGCCACCCAGCACUGCCGGUUCUGAUAGUGGGGUAAUUGAGUUCACCAAAGAGGAUGUGGAGACAUUACUCCAUGAGAAGCUCAAAGUUAAGAACAAAUUCAACUACAAGGAAAAAAGUGAGCAAAUGGCCGAGUGCAUAAAAAAGCUCAAACAAUGCAUCAGGUGGUUCCAACAGCAAGAAGUAAAUUUUAUUACGGAACAGGAGAAACUUAAGAAUUUACUGGAAGCAGCAGAGAAGAAAUGCAAUGAUAUGGAUGAGGCCAUCAAACAGAAGGAAGCACUAGGAAAUGAAGUUGUAUGCUUGAGGGGUGAUUUGCAACAAGUAAGAGAUGACCGUGACUGCCAGUUGUUACGAAUUCAGACUCUAUCAGCUGAAGUAGAAAGAUAUAAAGAGUGCACUGGAAAAUCUUUUGUGGAAUUAGAUAACCUGACUUUAAAAUCAAAUGAGCUGGAGUCAACAUGUUUAUCUCAAAGUGAGCAAAUAAGACGACUGCAGGAGCAGCUAGCUUUUGCAGAAAAGAAAUUGCAGCUGUCUGAUGUAUCAACAAUGGAGACAAAGAGUCAAUUUGAGGAGCAAAAAGCAUUCCUUCUUGAGUUACAGAAUCGUGUGGUUGAUGCAGAACUAAAAAUUGUAGAAGGAGAGAAGGUUCGGAAGAAAUUACACAACACUAUACUGGAGUUAAAAGGGAAUAUCCGUGUUUUCUGUAGAGUAAGACCUCUAUUGUCUGAUGAUGGGGUUGGAACUGAUGCUAAAGUUAUCUCAUUCCCUACAGCAAUGGAAGCACUCGAUCGAGGAAUUGAUUUGAUGCAAAAUGGACAAAAGCACUCUUUCACUUUUGACAAAGUGUUUACACCUGAAGCCUCCCAAGAAGAUGUAUUUGUUGAGAUUUCACAGCUUGUUCAAAGUGCACUUGAUGGUUACAAGGUUUGUAUCUUCGCUUAUGGACAAACUGGUUCUGGCAAGACAUUUACAAUGAUGGGCAAGCCAGGUAUACCUGAUCAGAAAGGUUUGAUUCCACGAUCCUUAGAACAGGUGUUUGAGACCCGGCAAACUCUUCAAUCACAAGGAUGGAAAUAUGAAAUGCAGGUGUCAAUGCUUGAAAUAUACAACGAAACAAUACGAGACUUAUUAGCAACAAAUCGAUUGGGGUUUGAUGCACCCCGGGCAGAGAACAUGGGAAAGCAAUAUGUUAUAAAACAUGAUGCCAAUGGAAACACUCAUGUUUCUGAUCUUACAGUUGUUGAUGUUCACAGUAGCAAGGAGGUCUCAUAUCUUUUAGAGCAGGCAGCACAUAGCAGAUCCGUUGGCAAGACUCAAAUGAAUGAACAGUCUUCAAGGAGCCAUUUUGUUUUUACGCUACGAAUAUUUGGCGUUAAUGAGGGCACUGAUCAACAAGUGCAAGGUAUCCUCAAUCUAAUUGACCUUGCUGGUAGUGAGCGUCUCUCUAAGAGUGGAUCUACAGGAGACCGUCUAAAAGAAACUCAGGCUAUCAACAAGAGUUUGUCAUCACUAAGUGAUGUUAUAUUUGCCUUGGCCAAGAAGGAGGAGCAUGUGCCAUUUAGGAACUCAAAGCUAACCUAUCUUCUUCAGGUUGUAUUGCCACUUGAAUGGGUCAAGACUACUGGACUGCCUUGUUUAGGUGGAGAUUCAAAGACGCUGAUGUUUGUCAACAUUUCACCUGACCCUUCAUCCGUUGGUGAAUCACUUUGUUCACUACGGUUUGCAGCACGUGUAAAUGCUUGUGAGAUUGGUAUCCCCAGGCGCCAAACCAACCUCAGAUCAACGGAUUCUCGCCUUAGCAUUGGCUGA